CCUGUCUCUCAAUCAGAGAUAGAUUUCAUUUUAAAGAAGCAUUCUGAUUGGCUGCCAUUUUUAAUAAGAGAAAUUACUUUAACAACUUGUGAAAAUUUUUUUAAAAUGACAAAUGAUUCUCAUUGAAAUUUAUAGAUUAUUAAUAAUUAAUUGAUAUGAAUGUAUUUUCUGUAGUUUAGUUAUGAUAGUCUUUCAAUUUUAAGAUUUUAAUAUAAUUUUCAAAAGCAAACUGACAAAACUAUUGCAGUCUGCUAAGACUGGCAGAGUUGGCAGCAAUGAAAGUGAAAAGCAAAACAAACAGAUGACAACAUGUGUACGUGUAGAAAGUUUGGAAGCAUUUUCAUCGGUUUUUCUUGCUCAAUUUAGCAUUAUUUUAAGUGACGAGUGAAGAAAAAUAUUACAAGGUGACAUCAACCACAUCGAAACCAAACUUACUAUAGUUAUGAAUAAUAUAUGUCUCAUAUUUUUUGUGACAAAAGUGUGUUUUAUAUAACCGCAUCACACUGAAGGGAAUGGCGGCCCUUCCAAUGAAUCGUAGGUUUGAAUGCGAUUACAUGAAUUGUAAUGCCUCAUUCAAUAACAGAUCUUCAUUAAGAUCUCACAAGUCGAGAACCCAUAGAAAUAGAGUGCCUUUACAGAACGUAGAUAGAAAUAUUGUUGAACAAAAUAACAAUCUCAAUGAUCAAAAUGUUAUCGAAGAUGUUCAAAGAGAUUACGUAAACCCAGAUUUAAUAAACGAUGAGCAACAUUUGAACAGUCAGAGCGAUGUAGAAUAUUCAAGUAGUGGUAGCGAAGAGGAUGAAGCAGUUGAAUUAACUGAUGAUGAUGAUCAGGGUGAUCAUGAUGCUGGUGAUGAUGAUACCGAUGAAGAAGUUGAACAAGAACCUGAAAAUUUGGAUCCUAGACAACGUGCAAUAGGACUACUUUUAUUGCAACUGAGAACAAGAACAAACAUUUCUGAAGAAAAAAUAAAUAUUAUUCUCCAAUCAAUGCAAGAUGUUGUUAAAGAAUUUUUAACACAUUCUUUACAACAAGUGGAAAGAGUUUUGGUGGAACAAGAAAAUAUACAACUUAGGGAAAUAUUUAACAUUGAAGAACAUGUAGAAAAUAUAAAUUUUAUUGGUGAUUUCAACACUCAACAGAAACGAUCAAGAUAUUUUGAAAAGCAAUUUAAGGUACUAAUGCCAAAGAAACGUAUCCUAGGAAGGCGGUUUAUAAAACAUGGAAGUACAAACAUCGGCAAAGACCGUCCUACAAAAAUCAAGAUAGAUGAAAUGUAUUUUGUUCCACUAUCGAAAGUGUUGAGAAAUUUUUCUCAAAAUCCAACCUUUUCUUACAUUUUGGAAAAUCAUAUUCCAAAACAAGAUGUCCUUACUUCAUUUCGAGAUGGAUUAAAAUUUCAAAAUCAAGUCUGGAGGCAUAAUAAUUCCCAUCACAGUAUUUUAUUAUACACGGAUGAAGUGGAUGUGUGCGAUGCGUUGGGAUCAAAAUCGUCUGGCAAUCAAAAAUUUUUGAUGAUUUAUGCAUCUAGUCUCAAUCUACACCCAAUGUAUCGCUCUGCUCUACAGCACAUUUAUCUUGUAGGAAUUGUGAGAUCUAGAGACGUAAAAUUGUAUGGAUUGAAUAGUAUUUUAAAACAUAUUGUCAAGGAUUUUAAAAAAAUCGAAAAUGGAAUCCAACUCGCUGAUGGGACCAUUAUUACUGGUUCACUCUUUGCAACAAUAGGAGACAAUCCUGCGCAAAAUGCAGUAUGCGGUUGUAAAGAAUCUUUUGGCACAACAAGACACCCAUGCCGUUUUUGUCUUGCCCACCUUUCCGAAAUCCACAAUAUGGUUGAAGAGGAAGAGAGCUUGCUACGUACCAGAGAAAAACACGACAUACAAGUGUCAAUGAUUGAAAAUGCAGAGGGUUCAGCGAAAGAAAAAUUGAUGUCUGAAUACGGGAUCAACAGGAGAAGUGUUUUAAAUGAUCUUUUUUUUCAUCAUAUUACUGAAGGAGCGCCUCCUGAUAUUAUCCACGAUCUAAUUUUGGGUGUAUUACCAAGGACAAUGCAACAACUAUGUCAAAAUGUUAUUUUUAAGAAAAUUUCACUUGACGAACUCAAUAGGAGAAUAGCUUCGUUUGAUUACGGUUACUCUGAAGUGGACAAACGUCCCCCUCCCUUAAAGGCUUCUCAUCUUGUUCCAGGUGCUAACAUAAAAUUAUCAGCUGUCGAAAUGUGGACACUUGCACACAUUCUGCCAUUUCUUGUGCAAGAUCUCAUUGAACCAGAUUGUCCGUAUUUCGCAAAUUACAUGACCUUGCUUGAAAUAACUUGCAUCGUCUUUGGACAUGAAAUUAGUCGAGGAAUGGUUGACGUUUUGGGCGACCUGAUUGCAGAUUACUUGCAAACCUUCACUGAUCUGUACGGUGCUGACUCGUUAAUUCCUAAACAGCAUUUCAUGAUACAUUAUCCCCGAUUAAUCUUGUAUUUUGGACCACUUGGAACAUUCAUGUGCUUACGUCCUGAAGCAAACCAUCAGGUUUUCAAAAGAAUCGUCCAAGGCAUGCGCAAUUACAAGAAUCUCCCGUUAACUUUGUCCGUUAGAUACCAACAAAGACAAGCUCUGGAAUUGCAAAACCCUUUAACGAAAGAAGUGAAAUUUGGUGCAAAGAAAUUGUUACUCAAUUAUAAUUUACCAUUCUCCCAUUUAUUUCACGAAGGAGAGCUACUUUGCACUGCAUCAUGGGUUAAUGUGAACGGAAUUAAAUACAUUCCAAGAAAAUGUCUCCUUGCGAUUGGCUACUCCAAUGAAAAUGAACCUCAAUUUGCGACACUAGAGAUUAUCCUAAGAUACAAUGAGGGACCAAUUUUUAUUUGCAAAACCAUCAAAACUAUUGAGCUCAACAUGAAUUUAAUGGCCUACGAAAUCGCUUUCCAAGAUAAAUUUAAGGUUUUAAGACCUCGUGAUCUGAAAACUCAUGAAGUAUUCCACAGUCAUAAAUUUAAAAACAAGUCCUUUGUGAUAGUCAAACGAUGCUUCGGCGUCAUCUUUUAAACAUUUUUUGUGACAAGCUUGUUUCUCGAGAAGAUUACAGUAAUACAUUGAAACAAAAUGUUUUACAUCAGAAGUUUAAAUUCCUAAUUUAUCACCUUAUCAGAGAGUAAUCUACAGGUUCUAUAAUAUUACUCCAAAUAAAAUACCACUGCUAAAACAUUUUUCAAUGGAUUAUAUUUCACAAAUUUUCUUAACGUCACAAGGAUAUUAUUUGAAAUUCAAUUAUUCGAAAUAUUCUUGUACAUCAAUCUUACGAAAGCAGUAUCGUAUCAUAUAAUUCUGUGUAUCUUAUUGGAAAAGAUCACAGUGAAUUCGUUAAAUCACUCAGAUAAUACGUCAGACUUUCAAGCAUGAUAGCCUCAUGAAUCGCUACAUCAGUAAAAACAUCUUAGAUUUUUUCGAAAAUCUCAAUUAUUGUGGUUUUUUAAAGAUUUCCAUGACUUUCAAUUCACUUCAACAAUGUCAUGAGCUAUGACUGCGCCAAGCAAACAUGUUUUCUUGUUUUCAAGAAUUGCCAUAAAAAAAUAUGGUCAAAGAAUUACCAAGGGCUUAUUGUUUCCGGAAAUAAAUGUGCCAAUAUUAAAACAGCUGAUACAUAUGGAUUGCAAUUACAAUAGUAAGAGGACCCGGAACAUACAAUGAACAAAUCAAUUGAAAACCUUGUUGUCACCUGUUCUCAGAUUUUAUCCGUUCCAAAUAUCGAGACAGCAAACAUCAAAUAUUGUGUCAUAUCACUUAUUUAUUAUUAUAUUAUUGUCCGUUAUUUUUCAUUAUUGUCUAAUUGUCAGUUGUUUUAACUUUUACCUAACUUUUACUUGUUUCAAAAUGUCAACAAUGAUAACUGUUUUUGAUUUUUAAAAACCAAUUACAAUUGUAACAUCAAUGCGUUGAAUUUUACAUAAAGCUAAUAUUAAAUAUUUA